UUCAGAACGCGGGGAGACCAAGUAGUGUCGUUGGGUUGUCUUUCUGGGAGCUGAUGACUUGUAAUCUUUUUACUUCAGAUUAGCUUUAGGCCGAAGCGGGUGCCCGCAUUGUGACGAUAGGCUUGAGCCGACAAAGACUAACAGUUAGCAAGCGGAUCGGAAACAUCAAUGGACGUUUAGGUCGGCGGGCCGCAGUGCGGCCAUGUGGUCGACGAUUUGGGUUACUCUCUUGUUUCAUUUCUGGCUGAUUACCGCCAGCCGUGCCCAAGGACGGAGCCCCUAUCUAGAAAACGGCACGCUGCCACAUUGCUCUCAGCUGCACCGCUGUUCUAGCGAAGGCGACGCCGCAGGGUUGCCUCCACGUUUGAAUGCUAACGUAGGACCUACCCUAGCAAGCAUCGCGCUGUGCAUUCAACAAUCUGCUUCGGCUGGAUUUCGUGUAGACGCGACAUGGCCGCAACUAAUUCCUCCCGUCCGAAAUGUGUCGACUGGCAAUGGGAUGGAGAAGAAGCUACCGCCCACAGUUCUGGCUUUGGUACGUAACCAUCGGCGCCUUGCACCGACUGGAACUCAUUGCUCCGAACCCCUAGGACUGACUGCUGCACAAGAAGCUUUAGUGAUCAUCUUGACUGCUGCCAAUCUUAGCUACGCUGAUGAAUUGCACUUGUCUCAGGAACGUGUUGGUUUGGAGAUCCGUGACACAUGUACAUCAGCUCUUGCUACAUCGUAUCAAAUCAGUGAUGUUGCCCGGCAAGUCCAGUACACAUCGGAAGCUGCACGAGAGUUUGGCGUUGUUCGCCCCUGGAUAACAAUCGGGCCGUCGCUGAGCGAGGAAGUUCUUGCUAUAUCGCCCCAGCUUUCUGCGGGUGAAAUUACCCACGUGUCACACCGUGCUACUAGUGAUUUGUUUGAGGACAAGAACCGCUUUCCCUACCUGCUCCGCACUGUACCACCGGAUAUGUACCAGACUCGAGCCAUUGUGGAUCUGAUCGUGCAGCAGCGCUGGUCGUACAUCGGACUAGUGGGGUCCGGUGAUACGUACGGUCUUGGAGGUUUGGACGGCCUGCGAAGCGAGGCGACCGAGAACGAUGUGUGCAUCGGCCUGGAAGAGUCGUUCUCGGUGGACAUCAGCGAUGUAAACCAUAUACACAGCAUUGUGAAACGCAUCGCUAACGAUCUACAAAUGAGCGUUGUUGUCAUAUUCGCACUGGAGAAUGAUGCCAGGCAUUUCCUGUCUUGUCUUCUUGCUACAAACAUCUCACGCGAUUAUACAAUCAUUGCGGGUGAAGACUGGGUGACGAGAAUCAACUUGCAUGACAUUGCGUUGAACCCCAAAUGUGCCGAGAAUACAUCCGCCCCUGCUCCUAGCUUAGAGGACGUGCGGGAACCGCAUGUCAUAGGUUUCUUUCCGAGGAGUGUUGGUCUGGAGGACGUCAUGGAUUCUCGUAUCAACGAGGUGUUCAGUGAGCAAAUGGCCCUCAUCAGCGCGCGCGUUCCAUGGCUGCCUGCCUAUGUGGAGCGGCUGGCUAAUUGUAGCGUCGCACGUGGCAAUGGCGAUGGAGGUGAAGCCAAUGUCACCUACUCUAGCCGUAGUACUUGCAACUGGCCCAGUGCUGAUGCCGCCAUUCACUUGCGCCCGCUACUCUCUCUUGUCGACACAGUCCUAGAUAGUGUGAACACCGUGGACCAGGGCGCUGUGUUUAAAAAAGCAGCCGGCCGCUCAGUGCCGUGUUCUGCAGAAAUCGCCGAGCUACUGCUGACAAGUGGGGAAGACAAGACGAAUUGUUCGGCAGAAGACGUUCCGUGUUGUCGAAAGUUCACGGACAACCUCAGUGCAUGGCCACUGUAUCAUCUGAUCCAUGCCACGCAUGUACCUGCAAGCACUGGAGACAUAUUUGAGUUCAUCGGGACCUGGCAAGGCAUCAGUAAGUCAACUCCCCGUCUCAAUAUCAACGAGACGAAGUUCAACAUGUCCUUUCCCCGUUCUCGCUGCUCUUCGACUUGUGCACCUGGCACUAAGAUCCAGCGCAGCACCAGUUCCGUCAUACCCUGUGACAGAGUCUGCUGGACUUGUGUGGAUUGUCCCAGCCAUUCAGUUAGUAUGGUGAACAACGAUACUUGUGAGCCGUGUGUCCUGUCAUCCACACAGUUAACAGUUCCCAACAGUGCCGGUACCCACUGCAUUCAACCUCCUGUCAUCAUAUUCAACUACUCGUCCGUGUACGGCAUUGCCGCGGCAACCAUUGUGAGUGUCGGCGUAACUCUGUGCCUGCUCACAAUCGUACUCUUCUGGACCAAUCGCUCGGAGAGCGUUGUCAAGACAUGCGACCUGCAUCUGUCCACAUUCAUCUUGUGCGGCUUCAUCUUGGCAUUGCUCUCGGUACUGCUUGCCUUCUUCGAUCCGAACCCGACGAUCUGCUUCAUCUAUCGUGUCUUAGCACUGCCCUGGUACAUAUUUGUGGCAGCGUCGAUGCUCUCCAAGCUAUCGCGCAUCAAGCACAUAUUCUCGAAGAGUUCUUUGAGACGUGGCAAAGACCUAGGUCUGUACACAACGGUGAAGUUCCAUGUCGUUGUCAUCUGUGCGGCGACAUUGUUGUGCUUUCUGAUUGCGCUCACGGCUUCCUUGAUUGAGCGGCCAAGUAUCGGGUCUCACGUCAAAGAUAGAGCUAUCUUGUAUAGGUUUUGCAAGUUUCACGACAGCAAAGCUAAGCUGCCACCGGGUGAAAUCAGUGAAUUGGUGUUCGCAAUCUAUUCCUGCUCGUUAGUAUUGAUACUGUUCAUUACGGCCUUCAAGUCGCGCAAUGUGCCGGAGGAGUACAACGAGUCGUAUCACAUUUUCAUUUCCACGUUUGGCUCUCUGAUGUUGAUCGUCAGCCUGACGAUUGUGUCGUUUGUUCCGAACACCGAGUACGUUUAGACUAUCCUAUCCGCCUGCGGUCUCGCACUGCAAGUGUAUAUGACCUGGCUUUGCGUGUUUGCACCGCGUGUCUACUAUCUGCUUGACCUAAAGCUGAGUCCAAAGACCAAGCUUCAAAGACGAAGAUACGGAUCCAGCUCGGUGUCGUCUUCACGCAGUAUGAGCAUCAAGAAUCGCCUUGACAAAAGAACAUCGUUCCACCUGCGGCGCAUGGCAGUUGACUUUGGCAGCCCAGAUACGUGCACGAGUAGAUACAUAGAUGGCAGCACCUCCAGUGGUGUGGGACUGAUGCCGAUUUCGGAAAAUAACUCCUCAACACGUAACACCAGCUCGUCGGCCCUUGUGAAUGGAUUGAGUGCGAGUGAUGCUGCCACCAGUGGUUGCACCAGUGAUGGUAGUGUGUGCGCCGUGACAGUGAAUAGCUCGCUGAGCAAUAGUCGCAGUGACAGCAUCAAUAGCAUAUCUUCAAGGGACGAGGUGUUUACUGUGGAAACCGCACUGGACAAGCGGAAAAAGGGCGAUCAGAUUAUGGGCACCUACGAGAUCGAGGCAAUUUAGCCACGUCAAUUCAAUGGUCCCCAAGUUAUGACUUUCCUCUUGCAUUUGUUGAAAAGAGUUGCUUCGAGAUUUUGUUGCCUUGGUUUUGGCAGGCCAUCAUCCUGCCAGGUUUUCUUGAUUUACUUUCACUGUAUCAGGUUUUUAUUUUCAGUUCACUUCCAUCCGAACAUUGAGUGCAAAUUGAGCCAUACUUAGUAACUUAGUAAUACUGCGGCCUGUAUUUUUGAGUAGUAAGCUCUCUCGUCGCGACUUGGUCAAGCACUCUUUCCAGCUAGCAUCAAAGCCAUCUGCCAUCGUGCAAAGCGCGCUGUGCCUCUCGGUGUUAGAGCACUCUGACUUGGAUUAACAAAAAAAUGCUUUGUUAUUCACUAUCCUUCACUGUGAUCAGUUCAGCCAGUCACUCCACCCAUAAAGCCUGGCAACAAGCAGCUGAAGCAGCUAGCUGUCUUGAGAAUGAGUAGCCUAAAGCACAUAAUAUGGUUACCCGUUUGCAGACUGUGAGAUCACUGCC